UCCACCACUGGAGCGGCUCCUACUCGCGAACAGCAGAAGCAGCUCGGGGUCUCUCCGCCAACCCCUUGGCCAUGGCCGCGGUGCCGACGGCGCCCGCUCCCCUACGAUCCCCGGGCCCCCGCCGUGGUCGCCGAAGCCGCCGCAACCUCUGAAUCCCAGGGGCCGCUGCCGCCAGUACCCGCCCGCCCGGAUCCCGCCCGCCGCCGCCCCUCACCAUGCUACCUGCGGCCGCCCCUGCGAGGCCGCUCGCUGCUCGUGGAACCCUCGCUCGCGGUGUUGACAGCCACCCCUGCGGAACGGCCGCGCUUGAGGGCAAUUUGAAAAUACAGUAGUUGGUUUCCCUGCACCCGACCCGCUUCUUCGUUUGCCAUCUCGGCACGCCUAUCGGAUCUGAGUGGAGAAGUUGUCCGCUGCUUGGGGUCUCCCUCUCUACACGCCUAACACUUACCUAUAUUUCUAGAACAUUUAAUAUAAUUAACAAAAGAAAAGGAAGAAAGGAAAGGAAACAUUACUGGGUUACUAUGCACUUGCGACUGAUUUCUUGGUUUUUUAUCAUUCUGAACUUUAUGGAAUACAUCGGCAGCCAAAACGCCUCCAGGGGAAGGCGCCAGCGAAGAACGCAUUCUAACGUCAGUCAAGGCUGCCAAGGAGGCUGUGCAACGUGUUCAGAUUACAAUGGAUGUUUGUCAUGUAAGCCCAGACUAUUUUUUGUUCUGGAAAGAAUUGGCAUGAAGCAGAUUGGAGUGUGUCUCUCUUCAUGCCCAAGUGGAUAUUAUGGAACUCGAUAUCCAGAUAUAAAUAAGUGUACAAAAUGCAAAGCUGACUGUGAUACCUGUUUCAACAAAAAUUUCUGCACAAAGUGUAAAAGUGGAUUUUACUUACACCUUGGAAAGUGCCUUGAUAAUUGCCCAGAAGGGUUGGAAGCCAACAACCAUACCAUGGAGUGCGUCAAUAUUGUGCACUGUGAGGCCAGUGAAUGGAGUCCUUGGAGUCCAUGCAUGAAGAAAGGAAAAACGUGUGGUUUCAAAAGAGGGACUGAAACACGGGUCCGAGAAAUAACACAGCAUCCAUCAGCAAAGGGUAACCUGUGUCCCCCCACCAGUGAGACAAGAAAAUGUACAGUGCAAAGAAAGAAGUGUCAGAAGGGAGAACGAGGAAAAAAAGGAAGGGAGAGGAAAAGAAAAAAACCUAAUAAAGAAGAAAGUAAGGAUGCCAUACCUGAUAACAAAGGUCUGGAACCCAGCAGAGAAACUCCAGAACAACGAGAAAACAAAGACAAACAGCAGCAGAAGAAGCGAAAGGUCCAAGAUAAACAACAGAAAUCGGUAUCGGUCAGCACUGUACAUUAGAGGGUCCCAUGAGAUCGUUGUAAACUCAUGAUGCUGCUAUCUCAACCAGAUGCCCAGGACAGGUGCUCUAGCCAUUAGGACCACAAAUGGACAACGUGUCAGUUACUGCUCUGUCUCAACAACAUUCCAGAUAGUUGCUAUAUUCUUUGUACAAGCAUAGCUAACAACAAAGAGCCAAAAGUUCAAAGAAGGGAUGUUUUCAAAUGGUUAUCUAACACGCUUCUGUGCAUUUCUAAGAGACAAGAAAUUUUGUAUAUAAUUAUCAAUAGGCUAUAAGAUGUAACAGCAUAAUGAUGACAUCUGGAGAGCGACAUCUUUUUCCCUAUAAAAAUAGUUUUUCAAGCUAUUGCUUUAAGAAGCGAAAGAUAGUUCUGCAAAUUCCAAGAGGCAAUAUCCCUUCAAAGUCAAUAAGAGAUCAGAGAAGAGAAACAUCUUUCAAAGAACAGUGUUGUUUUGUCCAGGAGAUGUAGAGAGUGCUCAGACAUUAGGGCCCGGCAUUUGGAAUCGUAGGAAUUACUACCACCGAAACGACCGUUUUCAGAUUGGUUCUAUUGCCUUCACCCUGUCCUUCGGCAAGAAACAUGAGAGUGUACACCAGAGUUAAGCAUACUGUGUGGGAUUGGAAAAAGGCAAAAUGUGGAAGAAACCAUAGCGUUGGAGAUGACUUCUGUGCUUUACAAAACUGUGAAGGGUUGUGAUUACCUGGAACAGGUCUCUAAUCGAUGUCAGCACUGUGUGGUUCAGCCUCUGCUACCCCUUGGGUUAUAUAAGUCUGUAAACAUGUACUUGUAAGUUCCAAAAGCAAAAUCAUACUUAUUAGAAGAAAAUUCUGAUUUCACAGAAAAACAAAAACUAGAGCAAGGAGACUAGAACAUAUUUGCAAAAUCAUGUGGUUUCUGCAGGAAAAACCAUUUUAUUACCACCUGGAACUAACAGGGGAUACUACUUUCUAACAAGGUGUAUCUAGUAGGGGGGAAAGCCACCACAAUAAAUAUAUUUGUUGAUAGUUUUAAAGUUUUUGUUCAUUUUGUUUUAUUGGAAAAUUGUUACUCUUACAGACUCAUGAAGUAGGAAAUGGGAUUCUGUAUCCUAUGUAAUCUGAACAUACUACAUUUCUCGAUGUUUGCUUUUGGAAUCCACCUUUUGUAAGUAGAUAGAGAUUUACUUAUAGCAUAGUAGGAGGUAUUUAUUCAGCUUUUCCCUUAAUCAACAAAAUUCUAAUUCUAGAUGCAUAGGCCUCCCGAGAUGAUUUCACAGCUCCCCCUUCACUGCUUAGAAACUAGCAUCUUUCCUUGUGUGUCAGCUCCUUCUGCAUUUUGAACAUUUGGCCUUUUCUUCUCCAUGUUUUCUCAGUCUGUGGAUCUCUUUUGGGGAUUGAAGUCAACCUAGCUGAAGGCCUUCCCAGUGUUUCACAGAGGACACAGCCAGCCCAGGACAGAAGGAGGCAUCUUUGAGCAAGCCCACAGAAUCUCGCAGCCCACCUUAGCCUUUCUGUCGUAAUGGCAAGAUGCAAGGCUGCUCUGCCCACCCCCACUUCCUGGCCCUCUAAAGAUCAGUGCUUUCAGAAGAAUUGGCAGUUGAGUCUGGCUUCUGGCUGCCUAUCUCUGGUCACUUUUUUUCCUCCAACUGUACUGUUCAUAUGGACUGCUUGGCUUAAUUCGUUUUUCACUUCUCUUGUUGUCUUCCAAGAUAUGAAAUUUUUGAAUGAUGCAUUUCUGUUUCUUACUUUGGUGUUUUCUUUCCUACUCUGCAUGAGAUAAGUGUUUCAACUAACUAGAUCUAUUCCCCAUGUACGAAAAUAAUUCUAUUUUCAACUACAGCUUAUAUCAUCAAGGAGAAAUAAACCUUUUCCUACAAAACUAUAUUAAGUGGAAGUAUAUUCCCAUGUUCUAGGACUUUUGGAUGUUUUCAGACUUCAUCUUUGUCCUCAAUCUUAUCAGGUCAAGCAGUAGCAGCCAAAUUAUUUGUCUCUUUCUGUGAUGGUCAUUGUCUCUAUUCUUUCAAAAAGCCAGUUAUUGGGAGGGUCAUUGCAAAUGCAAUGCUGAAAAAUGGUUAAAUCAGCCAAGACACAACAGCUGUGGCAAUGACUGUCAUGUCUUCCCAGGUGUUUCGACUCAAGACUUUUACCCUGAGAUCUUCCAGAAAACAGCAGAUAAUCUAAAU